GUGGUGUCCUCCGUCUCCGCUCCGUCAGAAGGUGGUGUCCUCCGUCUCCGCUCCGUCAGAAGGUGGUGUCCUCCGUAUCGGCUCCGUCCAGCAUGUCUAAGAACACCGUCUCUGACCGCUUCCGGAAGGUAGAUGUAGAUGAAUACGAUGAGAACAAGUUUGUGGAUGAAGAGGAGGGCGGGGAGAGCCAGGGAGGUCCGGAUGAGGCGGAGGUGGACUCCCUCCUCAGACAAGGGAACAUGGCUGCAGCUCUGCUCGCCGUCCUGAAGAACCCUCCCAUCAACACCAAGAACCAGAGCGCUAAGGACCGCGCGGAGCAGCUGGUGGUCAAGGUGCUGAGCAGCUUCAAGAGCAGCGACAUCGAGAAAGCGGUGAGCUCCCUGGACAAGGCUGACGUCGACCUGCUGAUGAAAUACAUCUACAGAGGCUUCGAGAAACCGUCCGACAACAGCAGCGCCGUCCUGCUGCAGUGGCACGAAAAGGCUCUGGCAGUGGGCGGAGUCGGCUCCAUCGUCCGGGUCCUGACCGCCAGGAAGACGGUCUGAGGCGUCGGCCUGCGGCGUCUGGAUCCAGAUGAUCAGAACCGAUCCAGGAUCCACGCGUCUCUCUGCUGCUUCACCGUUUCUGUCCUCGCUCCUCUGGGAUCAAGGUGCUGGCACCUGGAGCGCCUCCUCCCAGUGCGUACUGGGACCGAGCGCCUCCUCCCAGUGCGUGCUGGGACCGAGCGCCUCCUCCCAGUGCGUGCUGGGACCGAGCGCCUCCUCCCAGUGCGUGCUGGGACCGAGCGC